AUGGAAACAAAAGGAGAGAUUACAUCAGGAACCAGGGAAACAAAACGAGAGACAUCAUGUACCAGGGAAACAAAACGAGAGAAACAACAUCAGAAACCAGGGAAACAAAAAGAGAGAUUACAUCAGGAACCAAGGAAACAAAAAGAGAGACAUCAUCAGGAACCAGGGAAUCAAAAAGAGAGACAUCAUCAGGAACCAAGGAAACAAAAAGAGAGAUUACAUCAGGAACCAAGGAAACAAAAGGAGAGUUUACAUCAGGAACCAAGGAAACAAAAAAAGAGACAUCAUCAGGAACCAGGGAAACAAAAAGAGAGACAUCAUCAGGAACCAGGGAAACAAAAGAGAGACAUCAUCAGGAACCAGGGAAUCAAAAGAGAGACAUCAUCAGGAACCAGGGAAACAAAAGAAGAAACAACAUCAGGAACCUGGGCAACAAAAGGAGAAACAAACGAGAGAUUACAUCAGGGACCAGAAACAAGACGAGAGACAACAGAGACCACCAAAGGAGAACAAAACGAGAGAGACGUCAUCAGACACAGAAACACAAGGGAGAGUCAUCAGGAACACAAAAAGAGAGACGUCAUCAGGACACAAGGAAACAAGGGAGAAGCUCUCAGGACACAGAACAGGAGAACGCAUCGGGACACACAACAGAGAGACAUCAUCAGGAACACAGGAAAACAAGCGAAAGACGAGGACUACAUCAGGAGACCAGAAACAAAGGAGGACGUUUACACAGGGACAAGAAAAAAAGAGGAGAGACGUCAUCAGGGACACAGAAACAAAAAGAGAGAAGUCAUCAGGAACCAAGGGAAACAACAAGAGAGACUCAUCAGGGACACAGAAACAAGACGAGAGACUCAUCAGGGACACGAAACAAAGAGUGAGACGCAUUCAGGGACACAGAAAACAAAAGAGAGACUCAUCAGGGACACAGAAACAAAAGGAGAGACUAUCAGGGACACAAGAAACAAAGGGAGAGACGUCAUCAGGAACCGGAAACAAAGAGGAGAGCGUCAUCAGAACACAGAAACAAGGGAGAGACAAAGACUAAAUAAACACAGAAAAGACAAAGGGAGAGACGUCCAUCAGGAGACCACAGAAAGACGCAGGGAAGAAAAGAGGGGAGAACGUCAUCAGGGACACAGAAACAAGGGAGAGAGUCAUCAGGAGACAAAGAAACAAGGGGAGAGCGCAUCAGGGCAUUGA